ACUGCUUCUGUGCAGUCACGUGACGCCACUGGACCGUGACAACAUGUCAGGUUGCUAAGUGAGCUAGUAAGCUAGCUGCACUUAGCGGACCCAACGAUGUGGCUAGAGGUAAAACCCCGCUUUGAUUGGUGCCAGCGAUCGAACAAGCAUGGACUCAGAGAGAUGAAUCGACUUUGUCCGAUAUUGUAAAUAAAGACCCGGACUCGCCUCUGCCAUGGCAGCUGGUGUCAGCAUUCUGAGUGACCUGCCUUACUCCACGAGAGGAGCCUGCGGCGAAGAGAUCAGCACAGAGAUGGAGACGGCCAAUGCUAGGAUCCCUACAGCAAAGUACACCAAGAUGGGGGAAACCCUGAGGCAUGUCAUCCCUGGUCACAUGCAGUGUUCCAUGGCCUGUGGAGGAAAAGCCUGUAAAUAUGAGAACCCCUCUCGCUGGAGUGAUGAGGAGCAAGCCAUCAAGGGACUCUACUCGUCCUGGAUUACUGACAACUUGCUAGCUAUGGCAAGGCCUUCCACAGAAAUCAUAGAGAAAUAUAAUAUAAUUGAACAGUUUCAAAGGUGUGGAUUGAAGACGGUCAUCAACCUGCAGCGGCCCGGAGAACAUGCCAGCUGUGGAAACCCACUUGAGCAGGAGAGUGCUUUUACUUAUAGACCGGACACCUUCAUGAAGGCAGGCAUUUAUUACUACAACUUUGGCUGGAAGGAUUAUGGUGUGGCCUCUCUGACUACAAUCCUUGACAUGGUAAAAGUAAUGUCAUUUGCAGUCCAAGAGGGGAGAAUGGCUGUCCACUGCCAUGCAGGUCUUGGAAGAACAGGUGUGCUGUUAGCUUGUUACUUGGUUUUUACAUCCCGGAUGAGUGCUGACCAGGCCAUACUGUUUGUGCGAGCCAAGAGACCUAACUCCAUUCAGACAAGAGGCCAGUUGUUGUGCGUCAGGGAGUUUGCUCAGUUCCUUGUUCCUCUCCGAAGCAUCUUCUCCUGCGCAGAACCCAAAGCCAGCGCUGUCACCUUGUCCCAGUACCUUACACGGCAGCGCCACCUGCUGCACGGCUACGAGGCUCGACAGAUGAAGAAUGUGCCAAAGAUCAUCCAGCUGGUGUGUAGGCUCCUUGUUGACAUUGCAGCCAACAGACAGGUGGUGAUGGAGGCGCAGAUCCCUGACCUAACAGCUGAGGUGGAAAAGACCGUGUCCCAGCAGGCCCUUCAGCAGCUCGGCAAGGAGAUGAGAGGGAAAGGGAUUACUGUUCAACCUUGUUCCUCUCUUCCUCUCAGCCCACCUGCUCUGCAUUCCAGACCUCCACCUGAUAAACCUCUGACCAGGGAUAAUGAGCUGCUCCAUCUGCAGGCAUCCCUGUCCAACUACAGGAGCCUCAGUUACAGCGAUUCGGUUCUUGACAAACUUGUACAACAGCAACAGCACUUAGGACCUCUAAAGAGCAACAAACCAAUCAACUGCCAGAUCAAACAUUCCUUGUCUCACAGCAGCCUUACAGUCGGUGUCCCUCCAAGAUUUGAUGACUUUUCUCCUCAGGACAUUAUCAGCAGCAUUCAGGGCUCCAAUAUGGAAGCAAAGCAAGACAAUGGGUCCUCUUUGUUCAAAAAGCAACUGCAUGAGGGGCACCAGAGUUUGUCUCUAGAUCUGUCCAAGCAGGGAAGAAAAUCUCAGUGUGCUGCCACACUGCCGGCAUUGUCAAACCGCAGUGAGGUGGAUGUGACAGCGGGUGGAGCAGACAUCAGUGUCCAGUCUGAUCUUUCUCCAGAGGGAAGAUGCCUGCUGGUGGCCCAAGCUCUGGCCAUGGACCAGGCAGACAAGGAUUUCACCUCCAAGGUCUCAAUAUGGCAGUUGAGUGCUGCUCUGUGUGGUGUUGUGCAGACAGAACUGAACUCAAGAGAGGGAGCGUGGGAGAGGCUGUGUAUGGAGAGAGAUCCUUGUGUCCUCUCUGCUCUCAUGUGGUCGUGGCUGGAGCAGCUCAAGGAUCCAGUCAUCAGCCGUGAGGAUGUGAAAGCCCUGAGGAAGAACCAUAAGAACCCACAGAACGCCCUGGACUCACUGGAAAAGGGCCCCUGCCUCACCCUGCUGUGUGUCCUGCACUGUGCUGCUCAUCUCCUGCCUCUGCCUGAACUAACAGAGACCCGUCUUCUCAACCAAACCAUUAAAGUGUUUACUAAGAUUGACCCUGACUCAGAGAAGGACACGUCUUUAUACACAACACUUAAAGGAAUCCUGACUCCCAUUCUUCACGAGCUGUGUGACAAAGCUGCAGAGGAGAGUGAACACUCCUAAUCCAGCCUCAACCACCAUCACUAUUGUAUUUAAGCACAGCGCUGCCAAAUGUUAGUCUUUCAAGGUAUUUGAAGACAAUGUCAUUUAAAGGGUUAGCAUUUCAUAUUUGCACUGCCAUUCUCUAUGUCAAUGUGCCACUGUGCUUAGUUUUAAAGUGUUUGUUUGAUAUUUACUUUAAUAUCUGAAAGGCACUAGAUGUUGCUUUCAUUGUGCAACUGUUAGUUUGUAGGAAAAUGAGUGAAAGACGUUCUUAUGGUGUUAGUGUAAUGUUAUUUAUGUCUAACUCAGCUGUCUUAUUUCACAUUUAAACCAAAAUAUGUUUUGUGCAGAUGCUACAAUAUGUUACAAAUUAUUUAUUAUAUAUUAUUAUAUGAUUAUCUUAUUUGAAAUGUAAGUUUAACAAAUAUAACCUGAUGUUCAUGUAGAAUGUAAACUGUGUCUGCUGUUAGGGUAAUGCAAGUUCUACAGUGCAUUUGCAUUUCAAUUCAAAGAUAUGUCCUAACUGUGCAUCCAGAACCUGUCACUGUGCUGUUGCUGUGCACAUGCAUUGUCAAACAUCAAUCUGCCUCCACUGUUGCAUUGAGCAAAAUGCUAUCUGCUUCAGCUUCAGCUCUCUGCUUCAGCUUCAGCUCUCUGCUUCAGCUUCAGCUCUCUGCUUCAGCUCUCUGCUUCAGCUCUCUGCUUCAGCUUCAGCUCUCUGCUUCAGCUCUCUGCUUCUGCU